UUCAAAGAUGGCGGCCUGACCUGACUAAUUUGAACUUUUAAAGAGACCAUCAGAACAAUUUUACGAGGCGAAAUAUUGAAUUUUCAAUGCCACCUAAAAAGGGAAAAGGAGGUGGAGGUGGAGGUGGUAAACAAGAUAAAGGAAAAGGAGGAAAAGGGGGAGGAGGUGGUGAAGAUGAGGGAGCCAGUGGAGGGAAGGCAAAAAAGGGUGGAACUGCAGUGAAGGUUCGGCAUAUCUUAUGUGAAAAACACUCCAAAGCAAUGGAAGCCAUGGCAAAGUUAAAGGAUGGUCAAAAGUUUAAUGAAGUCGCCUCAGCAUACAGUGAAGAUAAAGCAAGACAGGGGGGUGAUUUAGGAUGGAUGACAAGGGGAUCGAUGGUUGGUCCAUUUCAAGAUGCAGCCUUUGCCCUCUCACCAAGCACAGUUGAUAAACCAGCAUAUACAGAUCCCCCAGUCAAGACAAAGUUUGGUUAUCAUAUUAUUAUGAUCGAAGGAAAGAAAUAACAUCUGAACUGAACUUAUGGUACAGAUCUAGAGCAAUUCUGAUAUUUUAUUUAAACAUAAGGAUAUCUAGUAAGAUUCACAUGGCAAUUUUGACUGUAACAAAGUGGAACUGCCAUCAAGUUUUUUGGAAAUUCCUAUAUAAACAUUCUUGACCAAUUGUUUCUUAUCCUCCAUAAAGAGUUCAUAUCCCGAGAGAAGUCCGAUUUUAUGUACCAUUAAGGUUUCUUUGAGUGGAAUGUUUGGGCUUCAAGA